AUGGCGGAAAACUCGUCUUAUGUGGAGGGCAGGCUCUUAGACGGCUUCCUGCUGUUGGCCGCUGGCGGCUCCAACACUCCCGAUGAGGUGAUCACUGUGAAUCUCUCCUCCUUGCAGAUCGUAGAUAUCGCAGAGGAGGACCUGUCCUUCUUUGCCCAGCUCUAUCGGGUGGACUUAAGCGACAACCAGCUGGGCUAUGAGCACCUCCUGGAACAGAUCGCGCGCAUCCCGCGUCUCGGGUCAUUGAACUUGGCCUGCAACUCCAUCAGCAGCUUACAGGUAGGACAUGGCAUCCUACGUUGCCUGGAGGUCUUAGAUCUCUCCUUCAACGGUUUGCACGGCGAUGUGCUGGGGCAGCUUGCAAGGUUACCGAAUUUGAUGUGGCUGAAUUUGGCCUCGAAUUGUAUCUCCUCUUUACCGCCAGAAGGGGAGUUGCAAGGACUGCAGGUGUUGCAAGAGUUGAUCUUAGACUACAAUGACCUGGUCCAGUUUAUGCAAUGGCGAUCCCUUGAUGCGGUGCCGCAAUUGAGGAAGUUGUCUUUGGUUUCCAAUCGCGUGAAGCGGCUCAAGGACGAUGCUCCGGACACGGCCAGUGGCACCACCAUCUCCUACUUUCCAUAUUUGGAAGAGCUAGAUUUGUCCUACAAUGAGAUCACAGGCGUCUCGAGCCUGCCUGUGAUCAACCUCUUUCAGAGCCUGAGAGUUUUACGACUCACAGAGAACCCAUGCAGCCGGGACAACGGCAAUCUUAGCAACGUAGAGGUCGUUUGUGAGGACAUCAAACCCUUCUACAUGAAGGGCAAUGGCGCUUUUGCGAAACUGGAGAAGAUCCCUAAGCCAAAGCUGAAGCUGGAUUGUCGGAAGAUGCGAAAGGUGAGUAACAUGAAGCAGUUUGGCACCUUCAACAGCCGGCCACGCAGCAUGAGUCAGCUUGGUUUUUUGGAUGAAGAAACCAAUGCCCUGGUGGUGAAACUCACAGGCGACAUCUUGGAGAUGAACGCGCGGGCCAUCUCAGCUCCUGCCGCAGAAACUGGAGGCAUGUCUCAAGGCAUUCUCAGCGAUGAUCUCACUGAGGAAGAGUUGGAUCAGAUUUUCAAAGAUCGGAAGAGGACCAUCGAGAAGAGGUUUGAAGAGCCUGUAGAAGAGCCUGGUUCCUUCAUGCGGGAGCCAGCAGAUGCGGCCACCAAGGAGAAACUGCUGCAGCUGAUGCGGCAGAUGAGACAAGAGGAAGAGUCCGUGGGAACUCAGAACCAAACGCCGAAGGGUGGCCUCUUCCUAACUGGCCUGGAGGAGGCCUCAGAGCAGCGUCCCGUGCGACGGCCGCGGCAACGGAGACCGGAGCCACCGGAACAGGACAACUUGGCGCCGGCUUCAGCCUUUCAGGCCUUCCUGGCCUCGCAGGGACACACUGGGCCGAGUCAACUGGAUUCUCCUCUCCCAACUCCUGUGGGUGGUGUUGGUCUUCCAGAUUUGCGGGCCGUCAAGAAACCCGUGGACGCUGGGGUCAAGGAGGCAUUGCGCGCCCUGCGCGCCGCAGCAUUGUCGGAGCCGGGGGGCCCUGAUGGUUCGCGGUUGGUGCUUAGCUCUGGCAGCCCGCUGAUCGGGCGCCUCAUCAAUGCAGGCAACUGGUCCUUCAAUGAUGAGCAGGUUUUUGUUUUGCGCAAGCAGAUCCUGAGAGCUUACCGCCAAUUGGAGGCCAAAAAGAAGCUCGAGCCCAAGUGGCCCUUCAAAGUCUAUGUCUACGAUGAGGAAGAAGUCCCACAGCUGCAGCCGCUGUUGCGCAGCCAGAUCUAUUGCAGUCGAGGCCAGUGGGGCACAGACGUCCAAGUCCACGACUACUUCGUGACGGCAGACUUCCAAACGGACGACCCUAAGGAGGCAGACUUCUUCUUUGUGCCUGGCUACGCAAUCUGUGUACUUGAAGGCAAUCUCUACACCUUAGACGAGGUGGACGAGCUCUACAAGGAGUUGGUGCCUGCCUUGCCCUACUUCAAUGCUUCAGGUGGCCGGGAUCACAUUUUCGUCUUUGGCUCCGGCAUGGCACAGAGCGUUUUCCAAUCCUGGGAAGAGUACAUUCCGCAGUCCAUCGUUCUGACCCCCGAGACGGAACUCUUCAAUGAUUUCGCAUGGGUUGCCAUUCCACCCUACCGACCCUUCAAGGACAUCGUGAUCCCUGGCAGUUUGGACCUCAUUGAGGUGAUCGCCGCGUUGGAGAAGUCCAAGCCGUUGCGGGAGAGGCGUUUUUUGACGGCCUUCUUCGGCAGGGCAGAUCUGGUGCGAGGUCCUCAUCCGUGGGUUGGAGGUGUGGAUGUUCGAAAGGAACUCAUCGCCUUAAAAGACCUGCCAGGCACCGAAGACAUGAAGUUCGGCGACGGGGCAACGCUGCAGGUGAUGCACGAAGCCUAUGGCGACGCGAAGUUUUGCUUCGUGCCCAGAGGCAAGUCUGGCUGGUCCUUGCGUUUCUUUGAGGUGAUAUUUGCGGGAUGUGUACCCGUGAUGAUCUCAGACAAGUGGGAACUGCCCUUUGAGGACUUUUUGGACGUCACGCGAUUCGUGAUCAAAUGGCCAUCCACGCAGAUCGGGCCGCAGUUGAUCAACUAUUUGCGCUCUCUGCCGGAGAGCUUGGUUCAGGAGUACAUGGAUGAGGCAAAGCGAAUACGCUGCUGGUACUUCUAUCCUCCAAAGAAACUGGACGUUCGCUCCCACCUGCAACGACAGCAUGGAGUUUGUCCAGAAGAGGAUGGACAGGACGCCUUUCAAGGAAUCCUCAGGAUCCUUCAACGCCGUAUGCGAAAGUCAAGAACCUCCAGCAAGACUUUCUACUUCAAGGACGCCACUGGCAAGUUGAGAUACGUGGACACCGACUUGCAGCCUCUGCAAUGA